CAACAAAACCCAAGCUAAUCAAAGGUGUACAUUUUGACGUGUUAAAUUGCAUGUUGAGAUCUAUUCAAAUUAUGGCAGGAACACCUACAUUACCGUCUGUUAUUCACUGGUUCCGUCUGGAUUUACGUGUACACGACAACCUUGCCCUACGAAAUGCAAUAAAUGAGGCAGAAAACAGAAAAUACUACCUCAGACCAAUCUACGUCAUAGAUCCUGACAUCAAACACAAGGUUGGAGUAAACAGGCUGCGCUUCCUGGUACAAAGUUUACAAGAUCUGGAUGCCAACUUAAAAAAACUUAAUACUCGCUUGUACAUCAUAAAAGGGAAAGCAGAAGAGAAACUACCAGAGCUCUUUGACAAAUGGCAAGUGAAAAAUUUAACUUUACAACUUGACAUUGAUCCUGAACUUGUAAGGCAAGAUGAGAUAAUUGAGGAAAUUGCUGAGAAAAAAAAUAUAUUUGUUGUUAAGAGAGUCCAACACACAGUUUAUGAUUGUAAUAGGGUGUUAAAGAAAAACAAUGGAAUUGUACCCAUGACAUACCAGAAGUUUCUCUCCUUAGCAUCAGAGCAACCUGUCAAAGCAUGUAUAGAAAUAAAUAAACAGAUAUCUGACAGUUGCCGUCCAUCUGAUCAUGAUUCUCAGGAGUAUGAUGUCCCAAAUUUAAGUGACUUGUGUAUUGAUGAAUCCACACUUUCUCCUUGUAAAUAUGUUGGUGGUGAAACAGAAGGUUUAAAAAGACUUGACAUGUACAUGGCUAGAAAAGAGUGGGUGUGUAAGUUUGAAAAGCCUAAUUCAUUUCCAAACAGCCUAGAACCAAGCACUACAGUAUUAAGCCCCUAUAUCAGCCAUGGCUGUGUAUCUGCAAAGUUGUUCUACCAUAAGCUUAAAGAAGUUGAAAAUGGCAGGAGACACACAGAGCCACCGGUAUCGUUAAUGGGUCAACUCAUGUGGAGAGAAUUUUACUAUACUGCUGGAACGGGCACUGAAAACUUUGACAAAAUGGUUGGUAACCCUUUAUGCAUUCAAAUUCCUUGGGGUAAAAAUGAGGCCCAUCUCAAAGCAUGGGCUGAAGGUCGGACUGGAUUUCCAUUUGUUGAUGCCAUAAUGCGCCAGUUGAAACAAGAGGGCUGGAUACAUCAUUUAGCCCGACACAUGGUAGCUUGUUUCUUAACCAGAGGAGACUUGUGGAUAUCUUGGGAGGAAGGAGCCAAAGUAUUUGAGGAUUAUUUACUGGAUUAUGACUGGUCUCUCAAUGCUGGUAAUUGGAUGUGGCUGUCAGCUUCUGCUUUCUUCUAUAAAUACUUUAGAGUUUAUAGCCCUGUGGCUUUUGGCAAAAAAACCGAUAAGGAAGGUGAAUACAUCAAGAAGUAUGUCCCAGAAUUAGCAAAAUACCCUGCAGCAUUUAUUUAUGAACCUUGGAAGGCACCAAAAGAAGUACAACGCAGAGCUGGUUGUGUGGUUGGUGAAGGCUAUCCUAAAAGAAUUGUUGAACAUGACAAGAUUCACAAAGAUAAUAUGGCAAAAAUGAAUGCUGCUUAUAAAGCAAAUAAAGAGAAAAAGGAAAAGAAAUCUUUGAAGAGGAAAAGAACUGAUGAUUAACAUUUAAUGUAGCAUUUAAAAAAAUCAAGUACAAAUUAUUUUUAUAAGAAUGUGUGUUAGCUUUUUAAGUACAAAAUGAGUUUUUUUUUUAUUAAAUAGGUACUAGGUG